CCAGACUUUUACCUAUUCACAUCAGACACAUCCGUAGAACAGAGAUCCCACCCCUGACUCCCUGUCUGUCGGUCACUCGGCUAGUGGUAGCUGUUGGCCCCCCUUAAGUUGCUGCUACUGCUGCCGUGGCCAUAGUGCUCGACGCAGCAAAUGGGCUGUGAGCCGACAUACGUCAGCUUGCCCUUGAGGCAGUUGUAGGUCACGGCAGCAUAGUGGUAGCUGACGCACUUGGUGUCCUCCUUUGUCAGCUCAUAUAGUAGCCGGACGGGCACUUGUAGAGCUGGUCAUAGUGGGUCUCGGCGUAGCACUUGGUGCCGUCCUUGGUCAGCUGAUAGCUGUGGGGACACUCAUAGUGGAUGUCGUGGUGCUUCUUGAAGACACACUUGUGGCCAGAGAUGGCCGUGUGUGCGGUAGGGUGUCUUGUGCCCAUAUGUGGUCCACUUGCAGCCCUUGUGGGUCAACACAG